AUGAGAAGAUUAGAGAAGUUUGAUAAAUUGUUGUCAACUUUUGAACGCAAAGGCAUUUCAAGUAGGUUGUUUUUACGAAAGAAGUUGAUGUUGUUAAAAUUUAAAGAUAAUGAAUCUUUACAAGAUUUUUUUUUAUUAUUUGAUGAAACGGUAAAAAGUUUAAAGGCAGCUGGUGGAAACCUUGAAGAAGAUGAUGUGAUAUGUUAUUUACUUUUAUCAAUGCCAGAGACUUACAAUGUUGUAGUAACAUCGAUUGAAACAAUAUCAAGUGAUAAAUUGACUGUAAAUUUUGUGAAAAGACGUUUACUAGAUGAAGAAAUCAAACGAUUAGGGACGUCAAGUCAAAUUGAAGAACAGUCGGCAGCAUUUGAAGUGAAAGCAUCAAAACCGAUUAGGUGUUAUGCGUGUGGAGAAUUGGGACAUAAGAAAUGGUCUCCAAAAUGCAAGAAACGCGGUAAUAAAAAAUUGUUUGAGGCUGAACUUGUAGUCGAAAAUCCUGAUGAUGAUGAAGGUGCAGUAGCGUUUCUAGUUGACAGUAAAAAUGGAGAUGAGACUAUCACUUGGUGUUUAGAUUCAGGAGCCAGUGAUCACUUAGUAAAUACUGAUGCAUAUUUUUCACAAUUUGAUAAAUUACAUUCACCAAUAGUCAUCGGAGUUGCCAAAGCUGGACAAGAUUUAAAGGCAUUUAAAAGAGGACAAAUUGAAGUUCUUGUUGAGAAUACAAAGAAGAAAAUUAUAAUUAAAAAUGUUUUAUUUGUACCAAAUUUAAGAAAAAAUUUACUCUCCGCAAGUGCAAUUACAAAUAGUGGACUAUCAAUUAAAUUGAAUCAUGAUGAAGCGCUAGUUUAUGGUAAAAAUGGUUUAUUAUUUAAAGGAUUUAAAAGGGGAAAACUGUAUGAAGUUGAAUUUAAACUUAUAACAAAAUUAAAUGCAUAUAGUAUAUGUAACAAUGAACAGAAUAUGCUUUGCCAUAGAAGAUUUGGUCAUCUUGGUAGUGAAUCAAUGUUUAAGUUAGAAAAAAUGGUCAAUGGGUUGAAAUUAGAUGACAACAGAAAUUUCUUAAGAAGUUGUGUAGGAUGUAUCCAAGGGAAACAGACAAGAUGGCCAUUCCAAGGAAAAGACACACAAGCAAGUAAAGCAUUGGCUCUGGUUCAUAGUGACAUAUGUGGCCCAAUAUCACCAGAAUCAUGGAAUGGUAAAAGGUAUUUUGUUACUUUUAUGGAUGAUUUUACUCAUUUUCUACAUGUUUAUCCUUUAAGUAAGAAAAGUGAUGUAUUAAAUACAUUUAAACAGUAUUAUGCGUUAGUGACUGCUAAAUAUGGAAGUAGCUUACAAGUUUUACGCUGUGAUAAUGGAGGUGAGUAUUCAUCUAAUCAGUUUAAACAGUUUUGUAGUGAAAAAGGUGUUAAGUUACAGUAUACAAUUCCAUACACUCCUGAACAAAAUGGACACUCAGAAAGGAUGAACCGUACCAUUACAGAACGAGCGAGGUCAAUGUUAGCAGAUUCUAGUUUACCAAAAUUAUUAUGGAAUGAAGCAGUUCUUAUGGCAGCAUAUUUAAUCAAUAGAUCUCCAACGUCAGUUAUGAAGGACGUCACUCCUGCCGAGUUAUGGUUUGAUGAAAAACCUAAUGUAAGUAAUUUAAGAAUAUUUGGUGCGGUGGCUCAUGUUCAUUGUCAUAAGCAAUUUCGAAACAAAAUGGAUAGCACGAUUUAA